UUUAAGGCCACGGCAUGCUACAGAGAGCUCAAAAUGUUGUGCGACGAGCACGACGCCGAGAGCAAAGAGUCAGCUGGCAACGCGGAGCUGAAGGACCGCAUCCUCGCGGUGUGCCACAAAUGCCAGCAGUUGCACCAGCAGGUGCUCCACUGCAAGCAGGUGGGCGCCAUGGAGAGCAACCGCGGAGGCGAAAGCGCCCAGUGGCGUCGCGCGCGCGGGCGCGCGCAGGUCAUCAAGACGUCAGGUUUCCCCUUGGCCGCCAUCGUGGACAAUGCCGUGGCUGGCGAAGACGCCCCCUGCACCAAGGAGUACGCAAAGUACACGGUGAAACAGUGUGCCAAGCACCCGUGUUUCGCAAAGUACCAGGAGGACGAGAUUCGAAUUGGGGCGUGGGGGACAACGCAUGCUCUUCACGGGCUUGCUUGCGUCCACGACCGCGCCAAGAGCGAGUGCGGGAGCUUGGCGAAGGACGGCUACAUGGACCUCGACGUCGCGCGCAACCGAGACAAGAGGGGUCUACUCAGGGACGCGAUCGUCAACGGUGUCAAGUUUACCGUCGCGAAGUGGGUCGUCCACGCGGCAGUGCCCAUGGUUGCCAAAAUCGUCGGCGACGCUCUUAACACGGCGCAGCAGACGUCCGAAGGCGAGACAUGGUUCCAGAACCUGUUGAGCAUCAUUGGCGUGGCGUCCUCCAUGCGCGCGCAGCCCGACUGGAAGGCCGUCGCCAAGAAGGUGUUGAAGUCACAGCCUCCGGGAGCAAUGGGCACCCCAGACAUGGUAGACUACAUCAUCAAGUGGGGCGGCAUGUCCAGCGGUGGUUUGAUCAAGGAGCUCUCGCCCCUGCUCAACCACUACGUGCCUUCCGACCACGUGGUGCCAGCGCACGUGGUGAAUACCGUCCUGUUUCGGUACGCCGCGGCGGAGGACUGCGCGAGGGGCGGGUUCGCAGGGUGUGUCACCAAGCCCGAUUUGGCCAUGCUCCCGAAGCCCGACAAACGCCAGGCGGUGACGCAGGCGAACGGCGCCCUGAUGCGCGCGAAGGCCAUGCACGAAGAAGUGGAAUUGGACCCGUCAGUGAAAGAGUCGUUGAAGGGCCAGCUCACGAUCGACGUCGUGGACUUCCUGAUGGAGGAGAAGGACAAGGCGAAGAUCAAGGGCACGGGCUCCGAUGGCAAGGGCAAGGACGCCACGGAGAAGAAGGGGUUGGUGACGAUCCUUGAGGAGUGCAUCGCCAAGUUGGACGGCAACCCAGGUGAUGGCCCGACGCACCCAUUAGAAGAUGUUGCCGCCUCGUCAGCGUUGGCGGCAAAUUCCGCGCGGUAUACCGACGGUGGCGAGGCUUCGGGCUUGGGCCAGACCGCUGCGCUCAACAAGGACAUCGCUGUCGACGCGCACUUGAGACUCCGAGAGCCAUCCGAGGGCACGCCGCUGGCAAUGGUGGAUAGUUGGAAGAUAACGAAUGUCAGUGGCAAUGGUAGUGUUACUUUCAAGAUUUUGGAAUUUGACGGCAUGCUUGACGACGAUAGGAUUACAUCCAAGCCAUUGCAGGAAGUCGAAGAGCUGUUCCAGACUUGCAAGGGUAGGGAGUUCAUGGCCAACUAUCCCCACUGCGAUGCUGCCACGACAAGGCCCAUGAAGAAACCUGCUAGGGCAGUGCUUGCCACGAAGGAGCUCGGUUUUGGAUGCUACGUCGCAGUGCCUGGUGCUCGGCCCGUUGUGCCGCAGACGAAGGACGUCGCGGCGUGCCCGCCCGGGGCUCUCGAGGUCAGCGCCCCCCUGGACGGCGCCCCGAAGAUGUUCAUCAUGCCGUCGCCGCCGACCGAUGAGUUCGCGCGCCAGUACUGGCGCCUCCGCGUGGAGUCUGACAGGGCCAAGUGCAAUUGCGAGCUCGCCAUGCUUACGGCGAAAGCGGAGCGCCCCGUGGUCGGCGAGAAGAUGACGGGCCCAACGAUCGACAUCACCAUCCCGUGCGCCACGAACUCCAAGAAGGUUGCCGAGCACGGGGAGCUCGUGCUUCACUUGGAG